AUGUCUAGAAUAGCAGUCGCGUCUCUCGUUGCCCCUCAAGAAGUGCUGUCCGUCUCAGUCAGAGCACCAAUGCAACAAGAAUGGUAUGAAGAGAAUGGCCGUUGGUACCAUGCAUGGCAGAAGGGUCUAUACAUGUACCCGCAUGACGAGGAGGAACGCCAUCGCAUGGAUGUAUACCACAACCUCUUUUACGACAAAGCUGGAUUAAGCCUUCAUUCAGCAAGAUUGAUUCCUGAAGUCACCCGUCGUCCCCGGAUUAUGGAUCUUGGGUGCGGAACUGGCUUCUGGGCAAUUGACAUGGGCGAGCAAUACCCAGAGGGAGAGGUCCUCGGACUCGAUCUUGCCAACCUCCAACCUGCUCAGAUUCCGCCCAAUGUCCGCUUCCAGAUACCUUUCAAUUUCGAAACACCUUACUGGAGCUUAGGUCAAGACUCGUGGGACUUGAUUCAUAUGCAAAUGCUCUGUGGUAGCGUCUCAAGCUGGCCAAACCUAUACGCAAAAGUCAUUUCGCAUCUCCGACCCGGUUUCGGGUGUAUCGAACAACUCGAAAUAGAUUUCGAGCCUCGCUGCGAUGACGGCACACUUCCUCCGGACUCGUACCUCAGGCAAUGGUACGACUACUUGGUGCGAGCUACUGAUCAGACCCCAAAAACAAUCCGUUACUCGCACAACACUCGCCAGGCCCUGUCGCAAGCUGGAUUCACAGACAUCUCAGAACGUGUCAUCAAGGCACCAUACCGAGCAUGGUCAACUGAUCCUACGGCUUUCAAUAUUGGCAACUUCCACCAAACCGCCUUGGACCUCUGUGCUGGUCUGGAAGCACUAAGCUUGGGUCCAUUCUCUAGAGUGUUUGGCUGGAGCAAACAGGAGAUUGAAGGCUUCCUUGCUGGAGUGCGAGCGGAAAUUCGCAACCGUUCGAUCCACGCUUACACCAACAUCCACGUGUGGACCGCAAGAAGGCCACUUGCCAGAUGA